AUGAGUGAAUUGAAUAUUAUUGAUAAUAAUGAAAAACAUAGUAAAUAUAAAUUAUAUAAAUAUUGUAGAAAUUAUAUAAAUGAUUUUAAAAAUAAAUAUAUGAUGGGUUAUUCAUCGAAUUUGUAUAAAAAUAGUCCCAACAAAUAUUACUACGAUACGCGAAAUAAUAAUAAUAAUAAUAAUAAUGGUUAUUAUUACCAUAAUUAUAAUAAUGGUUAUCAAAUACGAAAUAAAAGAAAUCGUAGUUUUGAGACUGUAAGUAAUUCAAAAAACAAACAUAAAAUUUCGAAAAAAUAUAAAUAUAAUAAUGAACCCCAUGAAAGUUUUAGAGACUAUGAUUACAAAAGCAAACCUAGUUAUUCUUCUGUAAAAAAAAUUUAUGAUAGAGAACAGAAACGUUAUAACAAGAUGUUUGUGGAAUCAAGGUAUAAUGAAAAUCAUAAGAAUAAAUAUAUAAAUAAUUACAAUCUAUCAAGGAAAAGAAAUUAUUAUUCUUAUAAAAAAAAAAUAUACACUGAUAGAAGAAAUUUUGAUACGCAUUUUGGACAAGGUAAUAUAAUAUAUAAUAAUGAAUAUUAUUUAAUAAAUGAUGGUUCAAGUUUAAAUAAAAAACGGUUUCAUUAUGCUAAGGGUAGUUUUAGAAGUAGAUCCAGAAGCAAAAAUUAUAAUACCUAUAAUUUGGAAAACUCAAAGAAAAUGAAAUAUAGUAGUAGACAUAACAUUUAUAGAUAUCAUAAUGGAAAUAAAAAUAAAUCCAUCUCAAGAUGGGAAGAUAAUUAUACAUAUAAAGAUAUAUAUCAACCCUCAAGUUCCUUGUAUAAAUACAAACGGAGGAGUAAUUUUACGAAGGAUGACAAUUCUAUAAAAUCGAAGAUGCAUUAUGAAAAUAAAAAGACGGAUCACCUUUAUAGUUAUGAGGACAAAUAUUACAACAAGUAUGAUGACAAAUAUGAUGACAAAUAUGAUAACAAGUAUGAUGACAAGUAUGAUGACAAGUAUGAUGACAAGUAUGAUGACAAGUAUGAUGACAAGUAUGAUUAUGGAGAAGAAGAACAUAGACAAGAAUAUUAUGAGAAGAAAAAAAUAUCUUUUAAUAAUAGUACUAAUAAUAGGAGGAGUAUAAAUUAUGAUGAUGUUCAAAGAGAAUUAAAGAAGAGGAAAAAAAAAAAAUAUUCAAAUGAAUCCAAAGUUUAUGAUUCAUUAAAAAGAGAUGAAACUAAUCAUCAUACUACUAAUAAUUCUUAUUUAAAUGAGAUAAAUAAAAAAAAUUCGAAUUUAUCAAAUAAUUAUGUAGCAGUAAGAAAUAAAAAAAGAGAUAAAGAAUAUAUCAGUGAUAGUAAUAAAAGUAGGUUUUCAAAUAAAGGUAGCUAUUAUACGCAAAAGAAAAAAUUGCAUGUAGACAAGUAUGAUAAAGAUUCACAUAAUAGAACUAUUUCUAGAACGUCAUCCGAUUAUUAUUCUAGAAAAAAAUAUACACAUAAAAGAAAUAGGACGAAAACAUCUGAUACAGAAGAUAAAAAAGAAAGGAAAAAGAAGAAAAAAAAAAAGGAAAAUAAUGAAUCAGAUGAUGAAAUUGUUCAUUUUAGUUGGAAGAAAGGUAUGCUAUUAAAUAAUUCCUUUUUAGUUAUAAGAAAAAUGGGAGAUGGGACAUUUGGUAGAGUUUUAUUAUGUCAACAUAUAGAUAAUAAAAAAUAUUACGCUGUAAAAGUUGUUCGAAACAUAAAGAAAUAUACACGCUCAGCUAAAAUUGAAGCAGAUAUUUUAAAAAAAAUACAAAAUGAUGAUAUUAAUAAUAAUAAUAUUGUUAAAUAUCAUGGGAAAUUUAUGUAUUAUGACCAUAUGUGUUUAAUAUUUGAACCAUUAGGUCCAUCAUUAUAUGAAAUAAUUACAAGGAAUAAUUAUAACGGAUUCCAUAUAGAAGAUAUUAAAUUAUAUUGUAUAGAAAUAUUAAAAGCUUUAAAUUAUUUACGUAAAAUGUCUUUAACGCAUACAGAUUUAAAACCUGAAAAUAUUUUAUUAGAUGAUCCAUAUUUUGAAAAAUCAUUAAUAACUGUUAGAAGGGUUACUGAUGGAAAAAAAAUACAAAUUUAUAGAACCAAGUCUACUGGUAUAAAAUUAAUUGAUUUUGGUUGCGCAACAUUUAAAAGUGAUUAUCAUGGUUCUAUUAUUAACACUAGACAAUAUCGAGCUCCAGAAGUUAUAUUAAAUUUGGGUUGGGAUGUAUCUAGUGAUAUGUGGAGUUUUGGUUGUGUUUUGGCUGAAUUAUAUACAGGUUCCUUAUUAUUUAGAACCCAUGAACAUAUGGAACAUCUGGCCAUGAUGGAAAGUAUUAUUCAACCUAUACCAAAAAAUAUGUUAUAUGAAGCAACCAAAACAAAUGGAUCCAAAUAUGUAAAUAAGGAUGAGUUGAAAUUAGCUUGGCCAGAAAAUGCAUCCAGUAUUAAUUCUAUUAAACAUGUUAAAAAAUGUUUACCCUUGUAUAAAAUAAUUAAGCAUGAACUAUUUUGUGAUUUCUUAUAUUCCAUAUUACAAAUAGAUCCAACACUUCGACCGUCACCCGCCGAAUUAUUAAAGCACAAGUUCCUUGAAGAAAAUUAUGAGUACUAUUAA